UUGCUGUUUAUGAUUUUCCCUCUGAGGGAAAGGAAAAAGCAUUCCAAGCACCCAUCAUAUAUCCCUCUGAAAAACGCCAUUUUUGGUUUCCUAGAUGCUUAACAUCUAAUCUUUGAUUGAAAUCAUUAGAAAUGGUCAUUUGAGAUAAGGUUUAAGAGAUGGGUUUUCAUGUCAGUUUCAGAAAACCCAGUUCUUGUCUAGAGGAAUUUAUGAAUUUUGUUUCUUGCUUUUGGAUUUGAAUUUCCUUCUUUUCCUGAGACUUUAUAUGGAACCCAACUCGUGGUUAUCUGAGAUAAGUAGAGGCAUGCUUUUUUUUGUUUGAAUUUGAAUGCCUUUUCUGUAAUUUGUAGACGGUACUGUUUCAUGAUUGCAGAGAAAAGUGUAAGAGAUUUGGAGUUUUCUCUCUUCUGCAAAUUGUAAUCUUUUUCUGCAAUUUCAGAGAAAACCCAAGUCAUGUUGCAGAGGAGUUGGUAAAUUUUUGAAGUUGGAUGCUUUUUUCAGUCUGCAGUUUGUGCUUAUUUGCAGUUCUGUGAGAAACCCUUUUCAUGAUUUUUUCGUGGUUUGGGUUUUGAAUAUUGUUGGGGUAUUUUGAAGCAAUCCAAAUCCUUUGUUUUUUUUUUUAAUUUUUCAGCUGUUUCUGAUAAAACCCAAUUCAUGGUUUCUGAGAAAAGUGGUUUUGAAUUUGGCAGCUUUUCCUUCUCUGCCGUUUUUUCUAGUUAACUUCAGUUAAAAGCCAGUUCAUUGUUUCAUAAGAAGAGUUAGGGUAAGGGGUUUUUGAGUUUUAGAUCCUGUUUCCGAGUUUGAAUGUUAGUAGACCGUUUUGAAGCAAUUGAAUUCCUGGUUGUAGAGAAAGUGUAGGAGAAUUUGAAGUUUUUUUUUUUUUCCCCCUUCUUCCUGCAAAAUACAAUCUUUUUGCUAGGGUACUCCUGAAUCUAGAUGCCUUUUUGUCUGUCAUUUUCGUAUUUUUCACUAGUUCUGAAGAAACCCAAUUCAUGAUUUUGUAGGAGCAUUGGUUUCGAGUUGUAGAUCGCUUUUUUUCGAAUUUGAUUUCUUGUAGGAUUUUGAAGAAAUCCAGUUCCUGGUUGUAGAAGAAACUCUCUAGUUUUGAAUCCAAUUCCUGGUUAGAAAACACUCAUUAAAAUGGCUGAUUUUAGAGUUAGAAGGGUCGAACAUUGCCCCACCAAACUAAAAAACGUCCCUAUUGCUGUAACGCCCGAAGGAUUCUGGUGUUGUCCAUCCCUUGUCGUAUUUCAGAAGACUCUCAAAAGGCAACAAAGUUCUCAAAAUAGACACAAACCGCCUCCCCAAUCGCAGAAACCCUCCCCCGUUAUGGCACAAAAACACUUACAGGAGACCAAACAGGGUCCCACUCAAUCAAGAUCCAGGGCUGCUUACGAUGAUCGACGACUGAAAACCAAGGUUGAGAAUUCACAGCGCAAGGUGGCUGUUGAGUUUGGUGAUCCCAUGACGAGUGAUUUGAAGUUAGUUUUGUAUGGAAAGCGUGGAUUUUGCGUGCAGAUGAAUGUUCAUAGGCAUGUGAUUGUGGAAUGCAGCAGCUUUUUCGCUGAUAAGCUCUCUCAACAGUCUCCAGUAUCAUGUCUUGAAAUUGGGGAGUGUGAGGAUGUGGAGAUUUACAUUGAGACUUUAGGAUUGAUGUAUUGCAAAGAUAUUAAGCUGAGGUUGAUCAAGCAAAGCGUUAUGCAUGUGCUUCGUAUUCUCAAGAUUGCAGAAUCGAUCGGCUUCGAUAUCUGCACAAAGUUGUGCUUGGAAUACCUGGAAGCUGUCCCUUGGGUUGACGAAGAUGAAGAGAAGGUUGUAUCAUCCAUCCAACGCCUCCGAAGCAAUCGUAAUGGAGUCAGCCCGGUACUGAAACGGGUCAUUCCUGAUAACUCGAACCCCCCAAAUGAUACACUCGCCCACAUAAUGCAACUCAUUCUCAAAAGCAAUGAGGAUAGAGGUCGGCGGGAGAUGAAAUCCUUAGUAUCAAAGCUGCUACAGGAAAAUAAUCUCACGUACGAUGCUGCUUCCAACAUCUGCAAUGAAAAUAUAUAUGAUUCGUGCCGCAGUUGCCUAGAUUCGAUGUUGGUUUUGUUCAGGCAAGCAGCUGAAUCUAGGUCCACCGAAAAAUCCAUGGAUGGCAAAGGUUCCAUGGCACGGCAGGUAGCCUUAGAGGCUGAUAAUCUCCUAUGGUUGGUCGAGAUUUUGUACGGCCAGCAAGCGGCCGAUGAGUUUGUGGCGAUGUGGACCACCCAACAUGAGCUGGCCACUCUACAUUCAAAGCUGGCAAUUGUGGACCGCCACCCAGUUAGCUGCAUUACGGCGAGGCUUUUGGUUGGGAUUGGAAGGGGCGAGGUGCUUCCAUCAAAGGACACAAGGAAGCUUUUGUUAGAAACAUGGUUGCAGCCGUUGAUCAGUGAUUACAGCUGGUUACAGCAUGGGUGCAGAUCGUUUGAUGGGAAGAUGGUGGAAGAUGGGAUCGGGCGGACCAUUCUGACACUGCCAAUGGAAGAUCAGCAGAGCAUUUUGCUUGCAUGGUUGGGCAAUUUCUUGAAGGUUGGCGAUAACUGCCCGAAUCUUCGGCGGGCCUUUGAAGUCUGGUGGAGGAGGACCUUCAUAAGGCCUUAUAUCGAAUCUGAUAAUCUGCUGCAAUCAGAGAAUGCAGUGCCAGUCGGAGAGUGAAACUGAAGAGAGCUUCCUACUAUUGAAAACCAGUUGAGUGAUUGAAGAAAUGAUCUAUAUAGCAUUGCUCAGCCUACACAUUACUUCCACAUGGACCUCUACAUGCCAACCUGGCAUGUCUGUGUUAUCAAAGCCCGUUGAUCAGGUGGCCCCCACCAUGCAUAUGACUUGGAUCAUGAGAGUUGUGGGAGAAAAUGAAGAUGUUCGGCGUUCAGUAUGCAGGUUUGAUCAACAUGAUGAGUAUACUGGCCUCAUUUUUGGGUCAGUGCUAUCCGCCUUCAAUGUGGCCCACCUGAAGCACGUGUCGGACUCGCCACACAUGUGCUAGACAUGUGGUCGUGUCUAUCUAGAGCUGUGCAUGGGUUUUGUAGAAUUACUGAUGUGAAAUUUGCUUACUGGGUGAUGUUUGUUUAAUGUGUUUUUUGCUAUCAUAAUAAACUUGGUGGGGAAUGAUCGCAUAAGUUCAGUAUUA